AUGAUCUCUUCCCUCACCUCUAGCAUUCUCCUCUUCGCCGCUGGCGCCCUCGCCCACGCUGGCCAUGACCAGACUCCCAUGAUUGCCGGUCCUCUCCAGGGUCUCUGGUACAACUCCCUUCCCGGUGAUGGCGGUACUCAGGCCGAUGCCGUCUACUCCGGUAUCGCCACCUUUGCCCGCCUUCCUUAUUACCCUUGCUUGUCGAGCGAGACCGAGCGCUUCGACAUCGCCUUCCUAGGUGCUCCCUUUGACACUGGCACGUCGUACCGCCCUGGUGCUAGGUUCGGCCCCAGUGGUAUCAGACAAGGUUCGCGCAGGCUAAACCUAUACGGUGGUUACAAUGUUCCCCUCGGCGCGAAUCCUUUCACCAGCGAGUUGAGGAUCUUGGACUGCGGUGACAUUCCCGUUACCUCAUACGACAACACCUGGGCCAUUCGCCAGAUUGAGCGCGGCCACAACAGCCUGCUCAUGCGCAAGCCCUUCACCAACUCCGACAAGCCUGGCCAGUCCAAGGCCGGCCACACUCUCCCCGUAUCAUCACCCUCGGCCUACGGCCCUGUGACCGUCAUCCACUUCGACAGCCAUCUCGACACCUGGAAGCCCAAGGUCUUUGGUGGCGAGCCCAGCGACGUUGCCGCCAUCAACCACGGAACUUACUUCUACCACGCCGCCAUGGAGGGUCUCCUCAAGAACGACACCAACAUCCACGCCGGUAUCCGCACCACCCUUUCCGGCCCCUCUGACUACGAAAACGACGGCUACUGCGGCUUCGAGAUCGUCGAGGCCCGCGAGAUUGACACCAUCGGCACCGAGGGCAUCAUCAAGAAGAUCCGCGAGAGGGUCGGCACCACCAACCCCGUCUACCUCUCCAUGGAUAUCGAUACCAUUGACCCUGCUUUCGCCCCUGCUACCGGUACCCCCGAGACUGGCGGCUGGAGCACCCGCGAGUUCCGCACCAUCAUCCGCGGUCUCGAGGGCAUCAACAUCAUCGGCGCUGACAUUGUCGAGGUCGCCCCUGCCUACGAUACCAACGCUGAGCUCACCACCAUGGCCGCUGCCGACGUCCUCUACGAGGUCAUGACCCUCAUGGUCAAGGCUGGCCCCCUCAGCGUGCCCGGCUCGACCUCCGAGGAGUUGUAA